GAGUACUGUCUUAUUUACAAUAUUUCUUUAUUUGAGACGGUCAUUCUGUCCAUCAUGGUGCAAACAACGAACUUGUACGGGAUAGUUCCCCUGAUUUAAUUCAGAGGAACAAAACUCGUACGGUGCUCGAGUGCGGUGUCUUUUUCCCUUGUCUGGUUAUGAGAGCAUUGUUUGUUCGAUUGCAUCAGUUCACAAAAAGUACAAGAUCAAUUCUGAAAUAUCGAGCUAUCUCAACUUCUACCACAAAAAUGGUUCUUGAUUUAGACUUAUUUCGCGAGGAAAGAGGUGGAAAUCCCGCCAAAAUACGUGAAAAUCAAGGCAAACGAUACAAAGAUGCUUCGAUGGUAGACAGAGUUAUCAGUGCUGAUAAUGAAUGGAGAAAAUGUCGUUUUCAGGCAGAUAACUGGAAUAAAUUAAAGAAUCUUUGUAGUAAACAAAUUGGAGAGAAAAUGAAGAGAAAAGAAGAUGUUGGAAGCAGUGAGGAUCUACCCCAAACAGUUAGAGAUGACUUAUCUAAACUUGAUGUUGAAACUUUACAGGGAUUGACUGUGACACAGAUAAAGAAGAUUCGUGUGUUGAUUGAUGAAGAAAUUGCAAACUGUCGCAAGCAAGUAGAAGAGUGGGAGAAACAGAGAAAUUCAACACUCUUUGAAAUUGGAAAUUUACUUCAUGAUGAUGUUCCAGUUAGCAAUGAUGAGGAUGAUAAUGGGAUAGUCCGGGUGGUAGGAGACUGUUCAGUGAAAAAGAAAUAUUCUCAUAUUGAUCUUGCAGUUAUGGUUGAUGGUGUUGAUGUUGACAGAGGUGCAGCAGUGGCUGGAAGUCGUGGCUAUUUCAUGAAGGGUCCGUUGAUAUUUUUGGAGUACGCUCUUCUCCAGCAUUCAAUGCAGAUGCUUUACGAAAAAGGAUUCACACCACUUUACACACCAUUUUUCAUGCGUAAAGAUACCAUGCAAGAAGUUGCUCAGUUGAGUCAAUUUGAUGAAGAACUGUAUAAAGUUGUAGGUAAAGGAACUGCCGAGGACGGUUCAGUCGACGAGAAAUAUUUAAUAGCAACAAGUGAACAACCAAUUGCUGCGUUUCAUCGUGGAGAAUGGCUUGAUCAAAAUGAACUGCCAAAAAAAUAUGGCGGCACAUCCACAUGUUUUAGGCAGGAAGUUGGAGCCCAUGGUCGGGAUACACGCGGAAUAUUUCGUGUUCAUCAAUUUGAGAAGGUUGAACAGUUUGUUAUAUGCUCUCCAAAAGACGACAUUUCAUGGAAGAUGUUUUAUGAGAUGAUAGGAAAUGCCGAAGAAUUUAACCAAUCUUUGGGAAUACCCUACAGAAUUGUAAACAUUGUCUCAGGCGAGUUAAAUAACGCAGCUGCGAUGAAAUAUGAUUUGGAAGCAUGGUUUCCGGGAAGCGGGGCUUUCCGGGAACUUGUUUCCUGCUCAAAUUGUACUGAUUACCAAGCUAGAAGAUUGCAAGUCCGUUUUGGACAGACCAAGAAAAUGCAAGAGAAGGCUGAAUUCUGUCACAUGUUAAACUGCACAAUGUGCGCCAUUUCAAGAACGAUCUGCGCUAUUUUGGAAAAUUAUCAGACUGAAGAAGGAGUCGAGAUCCCUGAGGCCUUGAAACGCCACAUGCCAGCAAGUUUACAGUUCAUAAAAUUUGUUAAACCUGCGCCGAUUGACGAACAGGCCCAAGGGAAAAAACAGAAAAAGAAAGCGAAGUCGGAAGCAAAACAACCGAUGGAAGAAAAAAUGGAUGAUUUAAAAAUAUAAAAACGUUUGAACAUUUAGAACAUAUUGAAAUAACCAUGAUAAAGGAAGAUGGGAAAUGUUGACGUUACAUUUACUGUAUGUAAAUUUUAUUGUUCGGUGGCCAGAAAUAAUUAAACCAUAUUCCAGUCUUAGAAG